AUGACGGAGCUCAAGGCCACCUCGACAAUCGAGGACGAGAAGAAGCAUUCCUUUUCUCAUGAAGAGAUAGGAGAGAAGGAUAAGGAAGGCCAGCAGGUCGCAGCUGCUGACUAUUCUGGUUCUCGAAAGAAGACAGAUCCCAAGGAAAUUAAGCUUGUCCGCAAGAUUGACUGGAUCAUGAUGCCCAUGCUUUGGGUCAUGUACUUUUUGAACUACCUUGACCGAAACUCAAUCACAGUCGCCCGACUUGACGGCAUGGAAGAGGACCUCGGUCUUGAGGGAAACCAGUACCUCACGGCCGUGAGCAUUCUUUUCGUUGGUUACAUUCUCGGCCAGCUACCUGCCACUAUGAUCAUGACCCGAGUGAGGCCCUCACUUUUUAUGGCUGUCUGGAUGUGCAUCUGGGCCGUUGUCAGUGGCCUCACUGGAAUUGCCAGGAACUUCACUGGCCUCGUUAUCACCCGGUUCUUCCUUGGUGUGGCCGAGGCACCCUUUUAUCCCGGCGCUCUGUACCUGCUAUCCAUCUUCUACACUAAGAAGGAGAUUGCCACCCGAAUCUCGAUCCUUUACACAGCUAAUAUUUGCGGGACCGCCUUUGCCGGCUUGAUUGCCAUUGGCGUCUUCAAGAUGGAUCAAGUAGCCGGUCUCGAGGGCUGGCGAUGGCUUUUCAUCCUUCUCGGCAUCGUCACCUUUGUCGUCUCUGUGGCAUCGGCUUUCAUUCUCCCUGAUGAGCCCAUCAACACCCGGUGGCUUACACCUGAGGAGCGCCAACUGGCCCACGAUCGCGUUGCCGCCGACACUGUCGAGAUCAAGACGAACACUGCUACCAUGGCCGGUCUCAAGGAGGCCGCGAGUGAUUACAGACUCUGGAUUCUCAUCGUCAUGUACCACUUCCACAUGGCUGCGAGCAACUUCAAGAACUUCUUCCCGACAAUUGUCGAGACACUCGGCUUUGAUCGAAACACCACACUAGCUCUCACCUGUCCUCCCUACAUUGUGAGUGGCAUCAUCACCAUCACGUGGGGAUGGAGCUCCGGCCGCUUCAACGAGAGGACGUGGCAUAUUACCGCGUCAAAGUUGGUUGCCAUCUUCGGGUUCGUCUUAGCGUGCGGAACCCUGAACGUCGGCGCCCGCUACUUUGCCAUGUGCUGCUUUGCUACAGGUGUCUAUGCCUGCAACUCGGUCAUCAUCGGCUGGAUCGCCGCUACUUGCGGUCAGACCAAAGAAAAGAAGGCGGCAGCCAUUGGCAUGGCCAACACAAUCGCCAACCUAUCCCCCAUUUACAGUCCGUACCUUUGGCCUGAUUGGAAUGCUCCCCGUUAUGUUAUUCCCAUGGCUUCAAGUGCGGCAUUCUCCUUUGUGGCUCUUGUUCUCGCUUGGGUCAUGAGAAGGAUCUUGGUUGUUGAGAACCGCCGCAUUCGCGCUUCUAACACGGAGUCGACAUUAUUCUAUGCCUAUUAGCAUGGGUAAACUAUAACCCCGAGUAUGGAACGCGUAUUUUUGG